GAGGGGGAUUGCAAAACGUAACUGUACGCCUACGUUUUGCUUCUCCGUUCUUUCUUUCUUGCCAAGAAGAAAUUUGUUGCAGCAGAGCAGCCGCCACCCAAGCAGAGGCAGAGCUCGAGAGCAAGAGAGAGAGAGAGAGAGAGGAGGACAGCCAUAGCCAUGGAUGCUUCGGCCCUCAACAACCCGCGCCUCAAGGCGCUCAUCGAGGAGGAGAGAACGAAGGCCUUGACAAACGAGCUCGUGGCAAAGCUGACGCUUGCUUGCUGGGACAAAUGCGUUACUGGGAGCAUCGGAAGCAGCUUCAGCAGGAGUGAGGCCUCGUGCUUGUCCAACUGCGCGAAACGCUUCGCCGAAGUGAAGAUGAUGACCAUGCAACGCUUCACCGAGCGCUAGCUGAAAUCACAUAGGCCAAAUGGAGUACCUGUGUUCUGCUGUAGCACGAGUUUUUAUUAUCUUUUUGCUGGCAUACAAUCGUUGGUGAGAGUGAGAUGAUAGAGAGACAUGCCCAGUGUCUAAUAUUCUUUUAGUACUUCUCUAAACCUGAUGGAAUGAAGCAGAUGCUAAGAAAUAUAUGCGUUUAAGGUGAUGUUGAACUGAAAUGUUCUUGA